GGGAGGUUCGUUGGUUCUGAAGUUGCGCCAGUUGGAUUUGUUUUCGUUGAUUAGGAGUUAUACUAACCGUGAUAGCUUUCUUCACAUUGUUGAACACAAGUUUUACCCAAUGAAGAGAUGGAAGCAUUAAGUUGAAAUAUUAAUUAUUAAAUAUUACCAUAUUUGAAAAAUCGUUUUUGAGGUUUCAUUCUUGAAGAAUAAUGUCUCACUCCCAGCAAGUAGGGAUAAGAAUUUGUAAAUUUGAAUUAAGUGGAGAGAGCAACAUUUAUGUAUGUCCAAGAGAUGAAUAUUGCUGUAAUAUUGGCUGUUGCAUUUCACCAACAUUUCAGUUUUAUCAACUAUGGUAUUACUGGUUCAUGGUGUUUUUUAUGUUUUUGGUAUGCUCUGGAGGGCAGUGGUGGUAUAGGUACGUAAUGCAAGGUAGGUGUGCUAGUGCCAUAGCACCACCUGCAAGGCGUGCUUCUUAUCCUAGGCAAGCUCGGGUUGCGUACACGCCAGCAAGAGAUACUGUUGUACUUCACCAUUUGUGGAAACCUUCAUAUACAGGACCUGGCAUGAAUGGACCACCACCCUCCUACAGCCAAAGCGGUAGUAGUAGCUCUAGUGGUUGUAGUCUUGUUGGACCGAAACCCAGCCCUUAUAUGCAGCUAUAUGGACCUCCACCAAGCUAUGAGUCAGUUAUUGCUUCUGGUCCAGCUCCAGCUCCAGUCCACAAUCCUCAAGUUGACGGAGGCCCCUCGCAGAACCACACUGGUGUUCAGCAAAGGAGGAGUAGUGCCUCAUAUCAUCUUCAGCCAUUGGAACUGCAUCACGUCAAUCCGAGCUUAGCUCAACAGCAAUCAACCAGCCACAACCAGCCCAUGGCCCAACAGCAGUUGAGUAGCCUGACCCUGCAACCUCCAAGUCAUGCCCAGCAAGAGGCCACUCACCACUUACACCAGAAUACUGUUGGCUCCACACGCGACCAGCAAGGUCCUACCUUACCAGGCCCUCAGCAGACCUCAUCUUCCACAAUGAGUUCUUCUCAGCUCCCAUAAUGGAUAGCACUGAAAAGUUACCAUCUUUUGUACAUAUCAAAUAAUUAACUAUUUUUUUAUUGUUGAUAAGUGUCUGACUGUUAUUUGUAUAGAAAGAUGGAUGAAGAUUUAUAUUAUGGAUUAGUCAGAAAGAAUUCAUAUGACUUUUCUGUUUUUCGAAAAAAGUAAUCUAUAGCUUUGUUUUUAAAAUUGAAGAAGAUUAUGUAAUAAUCUUUUUUAUAAAAUUCUACUAAAACUAGGAUCAGUGUUGUAGUUAAUCCUGCUUAAAAUUGCGUUAAUUAAACUUAGGAAUUUGAAAAACAAAUUUGACCUGUUCCAAGCCAGGGACUUAACUUAACAACACUUUAAAUUUAAUUAAUUUCACAAAGCUCAUUUUAAGAAAACAAGGAGUAUAUGUCUUUGAUACUGUAUAAUUAAAGUUUGACAUACUGGAAAACUUCCAGAAUUAAGUUAUUGUGGAGUAAGCAAUUCAAUAGAAUUCAAAACACAGGAUAGUUUUUAUUAUACAUUAAAUAUAUUAUAACUUGUCAUAAAAUAUAACAGAAUGUAUAUAAGACAAGUGAUUAUUUUGAACUGAAAGAUAGUUUUAAAUAACUGUCUGAAACAAUGAUAUUGAAUGACUUCAAUGGGAACUGUAUGUUUGUUGGUAUAGUAUGAAAACUAAUUUUCCAUACACUAUAUCUUUUUCAGGUUUAUUUAAUUUUUUGUUUUUACUAAGAAAAAAAUGUUAUGACAUUCCAUGCAGUUAGAUCUUUUUGCAAUUUUGCAUUCCUUCCUCAGAAUUAGUUGUUUGUUGCUGAAUUUAAUUUUUGUGAAUAAUCUGUGAUUGCAUUAUAUAUGAUACUAUUAAGGUAUUGUAUGAAUAACUAUUAUUUGUAAGUUAAAAGAGUAUUGUUUUUCUUAUGAUUCAUAUUUUUAUAAAUAUUUAGUUACUUUGUGCCAUCAUUAUUGCCUUUUUUUAAUUUUUAAUUUAUUUUUUUAAUUAGCUUAACAUUAUGCAUUUUUGUUCGAUUUUUGUUUCUAAUGAAACUCAUUUUCCACUCCAUUGUUGGUUGUAAGAAGAAAGAUUCGAACACAUUUUUUGGUUAUAAUUUAUUUCUCUUUUUGAGUGAUGGAGUCAUUUCAAUCUUUAAUGGUAAAGUGAUUAAGGAGACUCACUUAAACUGUUGAUUUGAUAUUUAAAUCCUUUAUUUAUGAAGUAUAGUUAUUGAUGACAUCUUUUGUUUAUUUUUGUUAUGCAUACUGGAUGGUUCCUGCUUUUGUUUUAAAUUUUUUUUUUUUCAGUAGAGUCUGUAGAAUGUGUUGCUUUUAUAAACUUGGAAGUAUUCUAUAUACCAUCCUCCGACUAUGUAUUAAUAUUUAUAUGUGGUAGUCUCAAGAUUUUAAGUUAUCUGUAUUUCUUCAUUUAUUAUAUUAAAACAUUACUAUAUUUUUGUAUGUCCCACAUUAUAUUACUGAAGUUUUUAUACUAGCAAAAAAAUAAAAAAAUAAAAAAUUUCAGUUAUUUAAUUGAGUUUAUAAGUAUCAGUUAUAAUAUGACAGAAAACGUGAUAAACAGAAAAUAAAUAAAUAAAAUUAAUGCUUUAUAGGUAAUUGGUAAUUUGAGGAAAUAAAUAAUGUGUUUGGAAUACAUUUAUGUCAUAUUUCCUUCAAUUGUUCAUUCCACUUUUACAUUUAUAAUUUUUAAAAUUUGAAAGUCAACUUAAGACUAGACAGUCUUUUAAUAAAUAAAAGGAAAAAUAAUUGUAUGCGUGUAAAGAAACUGAUAGGUUUUAUGAAUCCCAGUGGAACAUUUUGGGCUAUGACAAAUUAUUUAUUAUAAAAGUUAAUUUUUUUUUUCUCAAAAGUACAAGCUUUUUCUCAUUCAUCUACUCUAUUAAAUAUAAACUUAUAAGUAUUUUUUUUAGUACAUGUUUUAAUAAAUACUAUUAAUCUACAUAAAAAAUAUAAAAAUAAUUUCACUCUUGAAAAAUAAUAUAAUUCUAAACCCCA